UAGGGAUCAUCCACUCAUUCAAAUCACAUUACCGAAAGUGUUUGGUUAGGAAGCAAAUUCUUGCUCUAGAACUCGGUGAUAUGAAAAGUUUCUUACGAGAAAUAAAUUUACUAAAUGCUUUGAAGAUUGUAAAACGAUCUUGGUGGCUUGUUACCCCGCAAACUAUACAAAAUUGCUUUAAAAAGUCUGGAAUUUUUAAAAGAAGCGAAGAAGACCAAGAUUUAAUUGAGUGCAAUGAACCAGAACCAGAGUUAUUUAACUUCGGUGAAAAUUUUGAUGGUGAGGAAAAUGAAAAUUGCUUUGGUGAGUUGGACGAUACCGAAAUUUUGAACGAAGUACGAGAUGGUGAUGAUGAAAGAAUUGACCUGCAAAUCGAAGACGAACAACAAAAGGAGCAAAUACCAUUGCCAAAACCAACAAGAAAUGAAGCUCUGCGUGCUUUUUUCAUUUUGAAAAGAUAUUUAGAUGGUGAUGAUGACAUCAUACAUAACAUCGAAGAUAUUCUUGUCAAGAAGCGCAAGGAAGACUUAAUUCAAACAACCAUGGAUGAUUACCUAUUUUGAAAAGUUAGGUAGAUACAUAUAGACUUAAAUAAGAAUGUACAAAAGUACAAAAAGAACUGCGCUGUGAAUUUUUUUAUUUUCGUGUUUUUUCGUUUAAUAAAAUUAAUUUAUAUACUGAUAAAUUUUAAGACCGUGUUUGAAUUGAGUCAAUUAUUUAGCCUAGGAUAAAUGUUUGACAUUCCAGGGUAUAUCCGUAUAAGAAACUUGUUUCUUAUAUCCGUAUAAGAAACUUCUUUCUUAUAUCCGUAUAAGAAACUUGUUUCUUAUAUCCGUAUAAGAAACUUGUUUCUUAUAUCCGCAUAAGAAACUUGUUUCUUAUAUCCGUUGUAAGGAUAUAGG